AUGGUUGACAAGAAGCGACCGCGGUUGCCGAAGCAGCAACUUACCAUACUGGCAGUAUGUCGCUUUGCUGAGCCAGUCGCGAUGACUUCUGUCUAUCCCUACAUACCAGAAAUGGUGCAGUCCUUCGAUGUCCCAACUGACCAGGUAGCGAAGUAUGCUGGCCUGAUGUCUGCCGUCUUCUCGCUUUCGCAAGCCUUUACCGGCAUCGCCUGGGGCCGUGCCUCCGAUCGAUUCGGCCGCAAGCCAAUGAUUCUACUGGCUCUGAGCUGCACCAUGGUGGCAGGCUUACUGUUUGGCUUUUCAAGAUCGCUGCUGUGGGCUUUCGUUGCUCGCUCCCUACAAGGCUUGUCUAAUGGCAAUGUUGGUAUCAUCCGGACAGCUGUGGCUGAGCUGGUAACUGAGAAAGAACUACAACCACGAGCAUUCUCCCUCAUGCCACUGGUGUGGACGGUGGGCAGCAUCUUCGGCCCCGCCUUUGGUGGUUCGCUCGUUCAUCCCGUUGAGCGUUUCCCGGACCUCUUCGCCCGCUUCGAUUUAUUCAAGCGCUAUCCUUUCGCCUUCCCAAAUGUCUUGAUAUCGACCCUGUUCCUCAUCAGCAUCUCCUGCGGUUUCCUCUUUCUGCGGGAAACAUUGGAGGACAAGAGGCAUAAGCGCGAUUAUGGUUUGGCGCUCGGAAAGCUAUUGACGCGGUCAUGUCGAAAGCGAGAUCGCAAGGCGUGGCAUGUCGAUGCGGAUGGAGAUGCGAAUGAACCUUUCCUAGCCCAAAGUGCUUCGACCAUGUCUUCACCAACCGCAGCCCGAAGACCUUCGUUCAGUCGACCCAUCGAGAAAAGCGCUGGAUGGGAUCAGGUCUUUACAAGACAGUCCAGCAUCAAUCUACUGGUGUACACUUUUCUGGCUAUGCACUCGGUGGCUUACGAUCAACUACUUCCGGUCUUCAUGCACUACCCUGUACAAUCGAGGAGGGAUCCAGAGGUCAAGUUACCGUUGAGAUUUGCCGGAGGGUUCGGCAUCGACUCUUCUCGCAUCGGCAUGUGGUUUAUGGUCUACGGCAUCUACGGAAUGUGCAUACAGUUCUUGGUCUUUCCCGUCAUGGCCAAGAGGUUUGGCGUACUAAAUUGCCUCAAGCUGUGCACUGUCAUAUUUCCGGUGGUAUACCUAGCAACACCUUUUACAGCCCUUUUGCAAACAGGCUCUGCAAGGGAGGGCGGGAACCUGGUCUUGAUGCUGUUCAAAGGCUUCUGUGCCAUCUUUUCCUUUCCUUGCAGCACCAUCUUGUUGACCAACAGCGCGGCGUCGUUGAAAGUACUAGGAACCCUUAAUGGCGUGGCAACCUCAAUCUCAGCACUUGGUCGAGCGGCCGGUCCUGCGAUAUCCGGAUGGGCGUUCACAGAAGGGGUUGAUGCAGGUUAUGUGUUGGUCAGCUGGUGGAUACUGGCCCUGAUCGCCAUCAUCGGAGCAAUUCCUGUCUGGUGGCUCGUGGAGAUGGACGGGUUCAGCUCAGCUCCUGAAGAGGAAGAGGAUGAGGUGGAUUAUGAUGAAAGCGGGGACAUGAUGGAUGGCGGGCUCGACACUUCUGGGAAUGCCGUCACCAAAGACAACGAUAGCGGCACGAACCAGAGAUACCUGCAAGACGAUGAAGGCGCCUUGAUCAACGAAGGCAGCCCCUUGUUGUUACCAGAAGAUCAACGGAGCUAUUCGGAUGAUAGGAGGCGAACCAGCCGAAACAGCACCGCAGUCUUUGAUGAGGAGGCGACCGAAAAUGAUCUGAGAAGGAUGCCUAGUCCGAUUGGACUUGGUCCAGGGAUUGGUGGAAGAAGCAGACGAUACAGCAGUGAAAUCGGCGCGACCAGAAGUGGCUUUGGCACAGGAGGCACGAGCUAUCACUAG